AUGUGUUAUAUAAGCCAAUUAAAAUGUGAAAGUUGUAAAAUAUAUAACAAUUAUACAGACCUUCAAUUUUGCACAUACUGUAAAUUGAUACAAUGCAAAUAUUGUUGCAGAAGCACAGAUACAAACUGUUUUGUAUAUAAAUAUUGUAAAUAUUGUCACUACAUACAACAAGAUAGUCCGACGAGAUUUAACAAUCAGGGAAACUAUGUUUCAUUAAAUAACUACAACAAAAACUAUAGAAGACACGCUAACAUCGACAGAAGAGCAGAAAAAGAAUAUUGCCCUCAUUGCUUUAGUUGUCCCAACUGUGAAAAUUUACGUUUAUCACAAUCCAGUGCUACUGUUACUACUAUUCCUCAGAAUUCUGAAAUAGUUAAACUUUGUUGUUAUAGGUGUGGUUUUAAAUACGAGGGAAGCAGUGACAUUAAUACAAUUUAUCACCAAUUAUAUUCCAAAUUUUAUGAUUUACUGCAUUAUUUUACGACUGAUAGAGACGACAAUCAUGAUAACACCAUUUUAGAGGUUAAAAAUGAUCAUCACGCCAUUACACCUGGAUUAAUUGAAUUGCAAAACUGUUAUUUGCUUCAAUGCAUAUCAUGCGCAGAAAUAUUGGAAUAUAUGGCACUGAGCGCAUCUAAAGUGACCUUCCCCCUUACUAAUUCGAUCGUGACGCAAACUUUUCCAAUUCCGUUAUGCUUCAUAGUUUCGGUUCAGGAAAAAAAUACCUCUGCUGUUAGACAAGAUUUGUUGAAAAUACAAUUAAAUGUACUUAACGAAACCUCAUAUCAUGGUAUGUUUGAUAUUGAAAUUAUUAAGUCUGUUGGAAUGUUUAUUAAAACUAAAAAUAUUACAAUAGAGCUAAAAACUAAUGACACUUCUCAGGAUAGAAAACCGGCAACAAACAUUCUUUUGCUAUUAAGUACGCUGCCUCGAUAUAAAUUGGAAGCCAAUAAUACAAAACUAAUACGAAGAGAAAACAUCAGAAGAUCUACAAAUGGUUUUGGUUGCAAUAGAAAUACUGAUCAAAUCGAAUACGGGAAUGGGUAUAUAUUAAUGCCAAUUUCAUUAGAUCCUGAUGUGGCUAUUUCAGAAAUUUAUUUGGAAUUGAAAGUGCGACCAGUGGUAUCCUCAGAGUCUUCUUUUCUUUCCUCGAGUUCCAGUAGUGCAUUUACUAUGUAUUAUAAUUAUAAAUUUUAUAAAAUACGCUAA